AGCAGAUGUGUACGGCCAACCGCCUCUUUAUUUCCAAUGGUGACGAUCACUGCUUGUCGCCUUGCGCGUCUUUAGCUGCAGGUGUCGCUGGCUUGCUCGACACUGCUAGUCAAACACUGAAGGAGAUUGUUAACAGGAACCACACGCACGACGACCCUCUGGACCGCAUGUUGGUGGCGCCCUUCAUCAACGUUAUUGGUGCGCUUGCGACCAACCUUACCAAUACAGUGACUGACUCCGCGAUGCUUGGUAUCGUUGCUGGAUCUAUCAAUAAUACAGUCAGUGGCACCAUCCAGACCUUCCAGAUUGUGCAGAAUCUCCUCGCACCGGGAACGACCACUCUCACCGCCCCAGUAAUAGCAAAGUUGGAGAGCAUUCUGCCGACUGCACAACAACUAGUUACCUGCACUGGAAACCAGACAAGUUGUGUUGGUUUGACCCAACUCUACCGCAAUUUUGCUAACGCUGCAUUGACAGCCGUUGCCAACAUCACAACUCCUCUUCCUGACACUAACCUGCCCGUUAUUGGAGGCCCAUCGAAGACCGUAUUGGAUCUUCUCCAGACGGAGCUGAAUAACGUUGACACAGCUCUCAACACUGGGAAUUAUACCCUCAUUGCACCGGCUGCAGACCUUAUCAACGGCAUCAUCGGCACCACCGCUGGAAACGAGGCCGUGUUUGAACCUGUUGGCGGCAUUUUAAAGGUACUCAUCACCACCAUCAACGGCAUCCUAAAAUGCUAUGGCCUCACCCCGAUUAACGAAUAUACUACCGAUGGAGCGCGCUUGAGUGGUCUCAUUGCCAACGCCAUCACGUUCAUUCAGAGUAAUAUCGGAGCCAUCCCAGUCAUCGGGCCUCUGAUCAUCAAUCCCAUCUUGGAAACACUCAAGCUGUUGGCCAAUGAUCUGCAGAACGGCGCGGGUACGGCGAUCGGUGGUAUCCUGGCCGUCUUCGACGGAUUCUUGCAGGCUGUAAACCUUUCAUCACCGGGCGAUCAGACCAGCUCGAUCCGUGUCUUCCUUGACCUCCUCUUGAACCCGGUGGGCAUCAUUGCUGUUCCUGGCAACUAUGGUGUACAGUCUUCGCCAUGCGUGGGUAUCAUUGAAAUCGUCAGGUUCUUGGCGAACGCAGCUAUCAACGCUAUCGCCCAAAUUCCGCUCAUUGAUGCUGUGGUCAAGUCCACCUUGCCUCCGCUGAUCAAUGGGAUACUUGAUGCCAUCUCUUCUGGCACAGUCCCCCUUAUUCAGGCGGCAUACGAUUUGUUGGUAACUCCUAUUAGCAUCGUGACAAGUCUUCCUUUGAUUGGGAACAUCGCUAUCCCGCUCAAGAUCUUCCUCAACGCUGUCAAGAAGCUCUUAAUUUACUUGAUCGCCAGUCCAUCAUUGAAGGAGAUCCCGCUCAUUUCAGUAUCUAUCCCAAUCCCUCUAGUGGCAAGUAGGUAGUUGCACCGAAAGAUCGAGAACAAGAAUACGUAUAAUUAAAAAAACAC